GUCAAGAUUGUUGCACAGUGACUUGUUCACUGCUUGUGAUCCAGAAGCACUCAACAUAACCCAACUGUCAUCCAGAGUAACAGUCAUUGCUGAAUUGGUGCCCUUUCCGGUGAUGAAAAUGUCUAGCACCAGCAUGAUAACAUCAUGGCAGACUGUACUCUUUCUGACUGCAGGUAGAACAAGAUCUGCUUUUAAAAGGCAUGAAGGUAUUUUUGGUGCAUUUUCUCCUGAGUCUAACAGCUGUGACCUACUCCUCUACACAUGUCUGUGGUCUUAAAGGAGCAUCAGUGGUCCUGCCCUGCACAUACCAGUAUUCUUAUGGAGACACGUAUCUGGGAGGAGAGUGGUAUGAAGAGAAGAGUGGUAGAGUCAUAAAACACAGUCACUCUAAUUAUCCUGACUGCAGCCUGAACAUAGACACACUUUCAGAUGGAGACUCUGGUGUUUAUCAGUUUCGGUUUUAUACAGUCUUACACUUGAAAUGGAUGACAAGCAAACCUGGUAUUACAUUGUCUGUUACAGAUCUGCAGGUGUGGGCACCUCUUGAUACAGUGAAAGAGGGGGACAAAGUCACCCAUACCUGUAAUACUACCUGUACUCUGAGUAACGACCCCACCUUCAUCUGGUACAAGAAUGGACAGCCAGUGACCUAUAAACACACAACCAGAGACAACAAGCUGCAUCUAAACCCAGCCAGCAGUGAGGAUACAGGCAAUUACUCCUGUGCUGUUAAAAAAUAUGAGAGUCUCUCUUCAACAGCUGUCUCUCUCAAUGUCCGAUCAAUAAAGAUGGGCACCAUGUUAUUUGUUUUGGUAAGAGGUGUGAUGGCUCUUCUGACUGUGGCAGCUUCAGUUGCUGUCACUGUAGCCUUUGUAAGAAGUAAAAGAAGUAAAGAAACCAAUGUGCAGAGUGUGGGGACUGUGAGUGACACGUACAUGCCUCUCCAGAGAAGAACUCAGUCCUCAGUGUAUGAGACUCUACAGGGAAGAGAGACGCCCCAAACAGAGAUGAAGAUGAAGGAUCUUUCAUAGACUGUCUUUCAACAGUUUUGGUUUUGGGCAAUUCCACGGAAAAUUGACUUUUUGUCACAUCCAUAACGCCAGUGAAAUGCCUUGGCAUUUGU